AUGGCAUCACGCUGGGCAAAUGACGAAGCAGACAAGGCCGAAGAGCAGCGUAGAAAGAAGGAAAAAGAAGAGAAGAAGCGGCUAAAGUUGCAAAAACAGCAAGAAGCCGAAGCAGCAUCACGAGCAACCCAACAGGCAGAUUCGCGACCCUCCAAGCGCCGAAGAUUAUCAGCAGGCUCGGCAGACGAAGAAGCCCCAUCAGCAAAACCUCAACCAGAAGAGCGUGAACUCCUACGCUUUGAAGGCGGCACCUGGAAUCAAUGCCGCCACACAUCCAACUUCGAAACCCUCAAUCACAUCGAAGAAGGGUCCUACGGCUGGGUAUCGCGAGCCCGCGACAUAACCACCAGCAGCGUCGUCGCGCUCAAAAAAGUAAAAAUGGACUACAACCAAGACGGCUUCCCCAUCACCGCUUUACGAGAAAUCUCAAUCUUGCAACGCUGCCGCCACCCCAACAUCGUUCACUUGCAGGAAAUCCUGUCUGGCGACGACCCACAGGAAUGCGUGCUCGUCAUGGAGUUCCUUGAGCACGACCUCAAAACACUCCAGGAAGACAUGAGUGAACCGUUCUUAGCCAGUGAAGUAAAAACACUACUUCGCCAACUCGUCUCUGGCGUCGAGUACUUGCAUCAAAACUACAUCAUGCACCGCGACCUGAAAACAUCAAACAUCCUACUCAACAACCGCGGGCAGCUUAAACUCGCGGAUUUCGGUAUGGCGCGGUAUAUCCCUCCUGCCAACGCACCACUCACCCAACUCGUCGUCACGCUAUGGUAUCGUGCGCCAGAACUGCUGCUUGGCACUCGCGACUACAGCACCGAAGUCGACAUGUGGAGUAUAGGCUGUAUAUUCGGGGAGCUGCUAGUCAAGGAACCACUGCUGCAGGGCAAAAACGAAGUCGACGAGCUAAGCCAGAUCUUCUCGUUGUGCGGAUUACCGUCUGAGAAGUCGUGGCCGCAGUUUUACCGCUUGCCUAAUGCGAAGAGUCUAAAGUUACCGCGGGACCAUCGCGGCGGCGCCACGCCGGGUUUCAAUCGUGCUAAAUUCCCUUUUCUGACGGCUUCUGGUGUUGAGCUGUUGUCGUCGCUGCUGGCGCUGAAUCCAGACAUGAGACCUACGGCUGCUGAGGUGCUGGCACAUCCGUACUUCAAGGAGCAGCCAAAGCCGAAGCCGGCGGAAAUGUUUCCCACGUUUCCGAGUAAAGCUGGACAGGAGAAGAGGAGGAAGAAGAGUCCGACUGCGCCCAAGAGGGGUGAGGCGCCGGGGAUGCAGGGGAGUGUGGAUUUUAGUAGUAUUUUCAAGGGGAGGGAGGAGGAGGAGAAGGGUGGGGGCUUGGACUCCUCCUUGCUCCUCCUCCACCACUCCCGCUGCCGCCACGACCACCUCCCCGUGGUGGACUAUCACGCCUGCGAUACCCCCCUCCCCGUCCCCCUCCUCCGCCUCUGUGUCUUGGUGGCGUUCUUGUUGGUGAUCGACUGUAAGAGCGUGAUAUGCUUCGGCGCGGCGAUCGACUUCGAGAUCUUGUAUACGAGCGCGGCCGACCGCCAUAGCCUCCUCGUCCUCCACGACCGCCCCUGCCCCGUCCCCAAUUUCCUCGAUCCGGCGACAUGCGGCGGGGUGGGGAGCGAUAACGCCCCGGUCCGUCCAUGGGUGGUGGUCUGUGAGCGCGACCGAGAGAUUGACCGGGAGCGUGUAGGCGAUCGCGGAGUGAGCGACCGGCGUGGUGAUCCCGACUGUGCUGAACGCGGACGGCUGGGAGAUCUCGUAUGCGACCGAUCGCGAGAAGGGCUGCGUGUACGCGAAGCGGAGCGUCGGGGAGACGGAGACGGAGAAGGCAUGGUUUGGGUUAUCUGCGAUAUGUGA